AUGGUAGCCAUUACAAAGAAGUUGAAAGUGAAAACGACAGAGGCUGAAAACGCAGAGGACACAGAGCAGAAACGGGAAAGGGAGAAAAAUUAUGUGUCAACUUCUUCAAGCUUGAGUGCUUUUGAGCUGAUUUGUGAUGAAAAUAAAUCUGGAUCUUGCUUAUGGAUAUCCAACAGAAGGGGCUUGGAGUAUUGGCCAACUCCUAUAGAAAAAGCAAAAUACAAGACUUCAAGGAGAGAAUCUCCAGAUACGGUCCCAUUGAAUAUUCAGAUCCCCCAAAAUUUUGAGAAGAUAAUUGUUCACACUCUGAGUCACAACUUUCGAAGUGCUACAAGUGUGGUACGGGCUCCUUUGAGAUUGCCACUGAAACCAGAUGAUUUUCUCAUGAAAAUCAUUUAUGCCGGUGUCAAUGCUAGUGAUGAGAGGCCCAUAAUAAUUGCUUAUCCAAACAAUCCUCAAAAUCUCUGUGCUUGA